AUGCUUGAGAUUCACUGCACUGGAACUCCUUACCAGAUUGGGUUUCAACAUGGCCAAGGAGCACGCACGAAGAUCGAGAAUGGCCUCAAGUUCUACGAGUCAUUCUUUGCGGAGAAGACUCGCAUGAACUGGGCUACUGCAAUCUCGAAAGCCGAACUAUUCUUGCCGUUCUUGGAGCAUGGCUGGAAGCACCUGCUAGAAGAGUUGAAGGGAGUUGCGGAUGGAGCCGGAGUUUUAUUUGGAAGCAUUCUAGCACUGAAUGUCCGAACGGAAAUAUCUAUGGGCAUGAUGAAUGAUGGUUGUACCUCUUUGGCUUGGAAAACUUUAGAUGUUUCGUACCUGGCACAGAAUUGGGACUGGGAGCCGCCGCAACAAGAUAACCUCAUCGUCCUCCACAUCAAGAGAGAUGCAAAGCCGUCUAUCAGUCAGGUCACAGAGGCGGGAAUCAUCGGCAAAGUCGGCCUCAAUUCGUGCGGAGUUGGGGUAUGUCUGAAUGCCAUCAGGGUAAAAGGGGUCGAUUUCAAUCGACUGCCCGGACAUCUCGCACUCCGAGCGGUGCUAGAUAGCAAGUCCAGGAAGGAGGCAGUGAACGUCCUGAAGGAAGCAGGUGUCGCUGCAGCCAUCCACAUCCUUGUCGCAGAUCCUUCGGGGAGCACCUCGAUAGAGGCCAGCUCGCGCGACCUGGUCGUAACGGACGCAGUGGGUGGCAGAAUCACGCACUCGAACCACUUUUGCUGGCCUCACGCUCAGGGUGUGCCGGUGACUGUGGCCGCGCCAGAUUCUUUGGUAAGACUUGAGCGUGUCAAUGAGCUUAUGGAUUCGGUCAGCAAGGGCGGAACUCCAGACCGCUUGAUGCUGGAAAGCAUGCUGAACGAUGAAUACAAUGCACCGUUUGGUAUCAACAAGGCUGGCAAUGUGGAGCAACCACUUAGGACGUUGUUCAGCAUUGUCAUGGAGCUCAGUUCAAGAUCAGCACGUGUGAGAUUUGGCAGACCAACAGACGAUGCGGAAACCGUCGCGCUAUGUCCAGAGCAAUCAUGA